GUUUAAAGGGAAGGUCUUUGCUCGUCGGCGCAUUCUCAAAACCCUUAAUUUCCACCGAACUCGCAGUAUUCACAGUUAAAAACCACUCGCGUGGACCUGAGGCUCUUCUCAAUCAAAAAUUCUAGGCCCGCUAAUAAAGAUGUCGGACGACCGAUCUCUGACAGGCAGGCGAACCCCCCCCCCAAUCCCUCCUCAUCAAUCUCCACACGAAGGUGAUGCGGCUCAUCUGUCCAACCGCAAUACUCCUCCUCCAGUAUAUAGCCCAUUGCCUUCGAUAGAUUCGGUACCAGCUGGGCCUUUAGUUAGUCCACAUCACGGCAGCUUUGCAGAUGGCCAUCCAGAAUUUAUCUCCGAGCUUGAAGGGGACCCGCCUUCCUCGCCCCCUCCGGCGUUUUCGGAAAUAUACGGGGAACUUGAUAUAGAGCAGGACGAGAUGGAGACGAAUGCAAAGAUUGCUGAUGAUGGCCGGAUCAACAUUAACAUCAAUCAAAGGACUGCGACUCUAUCAUCGCUUCUGGCUCCGGCAAUGAGGGGACAACUGGCACUGGCCGAGGAAGCAAAGGAUCGUGCACUGCAUGGAAAACCUAUCGAUUUGCCGGUUCCUGGUUUCGAUAUUCCUGAAUUUGCCAGGAACGUACCACCUCUCAAUAUACUCAUACAAAUAAUUGGGAGUAGGGGGGAUGUGCAGCCCUUUAUUGCGCUCGGUCAGGUAUUGAAAAAUGGGUAUAAACAUAGGGUUAGGGUUGCUACACAUCCGACAUUCAAAGAGUUUGUUGAGGAAAAUGGCCUAGAGUUCUUUUCCCUAAGCGGCGAUCCCUCAGAACUUAUGGCAUUCAUGGUGAAAAAUCCUGGAUUAAUGCCUGGUUUCGACAGCCUAAAGAAUGGGGAUGUAACAAAGAGAAGAAAGGCAAUGUGGGAUGUGCUUGUAGGUGGUUGGAGAGCUUGUAUUGAACCUGGUGAUGGAACUUCCUAUUCUCUCGACUUGGCUUCUAGUGGAGCGAAGCCCUUUGUGGCAGACGCUAUUAUUGCUAACCCUCCAAGCUUUGGGCAUAUUCAUUGCGCUGAAAAGCUAGGAGUACCUUUGCACCUAAUGUUUACGAUGCCUUGGUCACCAACGACUGCUUUUCCUCAUCCGUUAGCAAAUAUCCAGAGCUCUAAUGCUGAGGGCGCGGUAACAAAUUUUCUCAGUUACAUACUUGUGGAGAUGAUGACUUGGCAAGGUCUAGGUGACCUGGUAAACAAAUUCCGCGCAAAGAAGUUGGGCCUAGAUCCUAUCAGCACUAUGUGGGCUCCAGGGAUGAUCGCCAGACUUAAGGUCCCACAUACGUAUUGCUGGUCUCCAGCUCUUAUCCCCAAGCCACUAGAUUGGCCUCAACAUAUAUCCAUCAGCGGCUUCUUUUUCCUCUCUUUGGCAUCGUCGUACAUACCCCCGCCAGAUCUUGCCGACUUCCUAGCAUCAGGCCCGCCCCCGGUUUACAUUGGGUUCGGGUCAAUCGUGGUCGAUGAUCCUAACGCUUUGACAGAUAUGAUAUUUUCUGCUGUGCGCAAAACCGGGGUCCGCGCUUUAGUGUCUAAGGGGUGGGGGGGGCUUGGAGGUGACCAAUUAGAUCUACCACCAGGGGUCAUGAUGUUAGGAAAUUGCCCGCAUGAUUGGUUAUUCCCACGAUGCUUGGCAGUUGUUCAUCACGGGGGAGCUGGCACCACUGCAGCCGGCAUAAGAUGUGGUAAACCCACUGUUAUCGUUCCAUUCUUUGGUGACCAGCCAUUUUGGGGGAGUAUGGUAGCAGGGGCUGGUGCGGGGCCUGGGCCAACACCAUUCAAGAAGCUAACGGCGGACAUACUAGCGGAUAACAUAUCAAUGGCAACAAGUCCUCAAACACAAGAGCGAGCAGGGGAACUUGGUGCCAGAAUCAGAGAUGAAAACGGCACUGAGGUAGGAGCGAAGUCCUUCCUGAGUUUGCUGGGCGGACAACCCGGUGAGGGAGGGGUCUACAGGUGUAUGGUCGACAAUACGAAGGUUGCAACCUGGAGAGUCAAAGCCACGGAUGUCCCGCUCAGUUCUUACGUGGCCAGUAUAUUGGUGAAUAAUGGGAAAAUAGAGGGUGGAUGGAACGGCUUGAAGCUCUGCAGGCACAAAGAUUGGAAUACGGAUGCUGGUCCCUUUGAGCCAAUAAGUGGUGCCACUGGUGCGCUAGUUGGUACUCUUGGGAGUGUCAUGAUGGGCCUUGGAGAUUUCCCGAAGGGUGUUUUCAAACAAUUUCGGAAAGCGAAGCCCCACGGUCGCUCUCAUCGAGAGGCUGUUCCUAGUCUAUUCUCUGGAGGCGAAAGGGCAAGUGACGUCCCCCUCACUUCUCCAGAACUGGGCGAGCGUGAGGCAGGAUUUAUGGAUCGCGACACCGCCAUUGGUGCAAGCCGGAGUGUUAGUAGCAUAGUGGAAGCUGGGUUGAAAUCGCCGAUGGAUUUUACGCUUAGCCUUGCGCAAGGUUUCCACAAUGCCCCAAAAUUAUAUGGCGACAACACUGUAAGGUCCCUAGAGAAGGUAACGGGAUUUCACAGCGGCUUGAGAGCGGCGGGGAAGGGGCUAGGGCUUGGUCUCUACGAUGGCGUUUCCGGGCUUGUCACCCAACCCAUUCAAGGGGCCAAGGAGGAGGGGGCUGUGGGAUUAUUCAAGGGAUUUGGGAAGGGUAUUGGUGGAAUAGUAUUAAAAGGCGGAGCCGCCUUCUGGGGAGUCCCCGGAUAUACUAUGAAAGGCAUUCAUAGAGAGAUACAGAAGCUUCAGGUAUCGGACGUAGAUAAACUCAUAAUCGGGUCAAGAAUUGCUAUUGCAGAGGCGGAAUUCCAACAAUCCAGCUCGCAAUUACAACACCGGAUAAUUGACAGGUGGCAUAAUUUAGGUCUUGGCAAGUUCAAGAAAGUGAGGAGCAAAGGAGCCAGUUCUACCAGCUUUCUUUGUCGCUACCGGAAACCGAAAGUCAAAGGAAGUGAACCACUAGAAGCUGAAACUGUCCCACAAAGCAUUACUACACAUGUUGGCAAUUUUGACGAUGAAGAGCUUGAAAAAGCCAUUAAGGAAUCGGUUAAGAUAACCUCAAAUGGUGAUUCUGGGGAGGAUGAAGCGGUUGAAAGAGCAAUUCGUGUUAGCAUCGCCGAGCUGCAGGGAGGGAGGAGCCUUUCUAUGCAUGGGGCGGUUGGCAGCGACUCUGAGGAAUCCGAGGAGGAAAUCUAUCAGAGGGCUAUCAGAGCGUCGGCGGCUGAGGCUGAGAGAAGUGAUGGAACAAAUGUUCCCAACGACCUAAUUCUGGAGGAGGCAUUGCGAAAUAGCCUGUUAGAUGGAGAUUCGGGCCACAACACACAGGUAGACACACAGGAUGAAGAGCUAGAAAGAGCCCUCAGAGAGAGCAUAAGGGAUGAGAAGGCACCAAUGAGGGAAUACUCCGAUACCCAAGAUGGUGUUGGUGACCCUGAAUUGCAAAGGAUAAUUGAGGAAAGCAAGCAAUUAGAGAUUGAGAGAGAGUUGAGAAGGAAGGCAGAGGAGGAGGUUAUCAUGGAGUAUGUGAAGAAAGCUAGCCUGGAGGAGCAGGAGUACGAACGGAGGAACAAGCAGAGGAGUUGGGUAGAUGAGGCGGGGCCUUCUACGCGCUAGCCCGGCGCUGGAGCAGGAAGAAAUGAAGCGUGAAUAUAACUAGCGAUACCUUGUUUUAAGCCG